AUGUCAACUUUGAUCGGAGCAAAGAAACAAUUGGAGAAGAAAACAUCGGAGCAACAAAAAUGUUGGAAUUCAAUUCCUAAGUCAAGCCCUCAUAAGAGGAGAGCCUCGGAGAUAAGCUGUUCAAGGGAUGAACGUGCAACUGCCAAGCUUAAAGCUUGUGAUUCAGAUGAUGUCAUAAUGUUGAAUGAUGAGGAUCAUCGAUCAUCGAACUCCAAGUGA